AUGAAUGGAAAUGUUUCCGAAUGGUAUAACGAAUGCGACAAUGCCAUUAGAAGGUCAGAAAUAGUUCCUGGAACUUACGAAUAUACAACUGCUGUUUCUUAUGGAAACGUAGGUGAGUUUGGAGAAGGUUCUUCAACAACAGUAGAUAUUGCUUGCGACAGGUUUCAUAUAAUUUCUAUUGACAACUCUUUCUUAUACGUGGAACAAGACAUUGAAAUAAAACCUUCUGCCAAGUUGUCUGACAAGAAAGGUUGCAAUGGAAUUUUCUAUGUCGGAUACCAAUAUGCUCCAGAAGUUUUCAUGGGAUAUAAGAUAUAUUCUAACUCUGACUUAGUUCAAACAGUAACAUGGGCAAACUAUGAAUGGUUCGCUUUGAGAAACUCAGUACAACCACAAGCUAGAGAACAAACAGACCAGUAUGCAACUAUUGAGAAAAUAAGAAGACUUGACCCUAACGUUCCAGGAGUUUAUGUUAACCUUUCUGGACAAACUGCAGCAGCAGUAACCAAAGUAAAACUGAAACUUAGAGUUCCUUUGUCAUCUUUCCUCAUCUUCAGGUUUUUAAGAUACUUGCCAAACUGGGCAGGAAAAAUUUCUAUUGAACUUACUCCAAGCAAAAAUAACUUA